AUGGGUGAUUAUGGCCCUGCAUCUAACCACUCCGUGGACCAACCUUCUGCAACUUCACCUGAUGUCUCCGUACUCAUAACGGGCUUUGGCCCGUUCAAAACCAACCUUGUCAAUGCUUCAUCCCUGAUCGCCAAAUCGCUGCCUGAUUCAUUUACCUUUCCGAUUCCUGGACUAGCUGGUCUCGAGGACCGUCGUGUCGUUCUGCAUGUCCACCCGGACCCGAUCCCUGUGGCUUAUUCAUCCGUUCGUGAAUCCUUACCCGUGAUCUUAAGCGACUUCGCAACAGCCAACCGGGGCCGCCGACCAGAUCUGGUCAUCCAUAUUGGUAUCGCCUCCCCAAGACUGUACUACUCGGUUGAGCACUUGGCCCACCGGGAUGAUUACAACAUCACCGAUAUCAACGGCUGCUCGGGCUAUGAGGACGGAGAGAAAAGAUGGAAGGAGAUGGGCCUUCCCCCGAUCUUGAGUCCGGGCCGGGCUUUCACGACCAAAGAACAACAGGAUCAACGCUGCAAGGCCUCCAAGGGUAGUCCCUACCCACCGAAUGCUCACUUCUUAGAGACGUGGAAGGCCAAUUCAUCGGCGGAUCUGGAUCUCCGCAUCUCUCAUGACGCUGGUCAUUACCUCUGCGACUUCAUCUUCUAUACCAGUAUGGCCUUGGCCACGCAGCAGGGACAAGACCGCAAUGUUUUGUUUUUACAUGUCCCCAGUGCAUCGGAGGAUGCUGAUGUCGAGCGUGGACGAGAUAUCACCCUGGCUCUGAUCAAGACCAUGGUGAGCUGCUGGAUUGAUGAGAAGCAAUCUGCAUGA